AUGGCCAAUCAAGCAUGGCAAGGAAUCUUUUCAGCUGCUGAAGUUUGCUUCAUGCCUGAAGGUCAUUUUGAUCACUCAACUGGUCUUUUGACAGUGUAUCCUAGGAGGGAUGGAGGGAGGAAACCAUUCAAGUACUUUACAAUGUGGAAGAGUUCUCCUGUGUUUUCUGAAACUGUCAAGAAGGCUUGGAGUAGUCACAUAGAUGGAAGUAAAAUGUUCAGAUUGGUUUGUAAACUUAAGAAAGUUAAGCAAGCCUUGAGAGAAUUGAAUAAAGUUGGUUUUACUGAUGUUCAAGCUGCAGGUCUAAAGGCCUAUCAGGAAAUGGUGAAUGCUCAAAAUGCAUUACAUAGCAAUCCUACUGAUGCAAGUGUAGCUGAUGCUGAGCUAAAAGCUAUACAAGAAUAUAAAGAAAAACAUAAGGCAUACUUGGCAUUCUUAAGUCAAAAAGCUAAAGUUAAUUGGCUUAAAGAAGGAGAUGAAAAUACUGCUCUAUUUCAAAAAAGCAUCAAAGCUAGAAGAGUUCAAAAUAAAGUUUACAGUAUCUGUGAUAUGAAUGGAAAUUGGAAAGACACAGCUGAUGAGGUUUCUGAAGCCUUUUUAGCUUAUUACAGAAUGUUAUUAGGCACCACUCAUGAACACAGAACUCCUGUUAUUAAACAAAUAGUUCAGCAGGGUCCUGUGUGUCAGGAUCAUCACAGAAGUAUUCUCAAUGCCCCUUACACUGCUGAUGAGGUUAAAUCUGCUUUAUUCUCUAUUCCAGGAGUCAAAGCUCCAGGUCCAAAUGGUUUUGGGUCUUAUUUCUGCAAAGAUGCUUGGCAUAUUGUUUUGAUGAUGGUAAGACGUGACACAGAAAUUGAGCCUGAAGUCGACAAUGAUGAGGUAAACAGUGUGCAACAGCAAAACAAUGAGGAUAUGGAGUAUGAGGCUGAUCUAGGGGAAGACUUUGAUGACUUUGAAGACCAUGAGCCCUCUUCACCUGUUUGUAGGGGUGGCCGGAUAGUAGAGUAG